GGGGCGCUCUCUUCUUCCAACGGGAAUCGCGCAGAAAUGGCUAAUGUAGUAAGACCUCUAAUGAACUGGCCAAAAUGGCAUCACUAUUUAUACAUUCGCGCCUCAUUCAUCCACUUAGUUCAAUCACCACUUCCACUCUUCUCGAGCACCAAACCGCCAUUCUCCACGUCAUCACCUUCCGCUUUUCGGCAAGCUCAUUUCCGUUCCCGCGCCGCACCUAAGUCGCGUGAAAGUCAAUUGCCGUUGGAUCAAUCGGAUAGCGACAGCGAUUCUGAUGGUAAAAUAAGGAAGAGUCGCAAUGAGAAGAAGCGUGAAGCUCGACGCGCCGUUAAGUGGGCUAUGGAUUUAGCUAAGUUCUCUCCACCCCGAAUUAAGCGCAUUCUCAGAGUGGCUUCAGCGGAGCAAGAGGUAUAUGAUGCCGUCAUAGUGGUCAAGAGACUAGGUCCUGACGUUCGAGAAGGAAAGCGAAGGCAAUUCAACUACAUAGGUAGAUUAUUGCGGGACGUUGAGCCUGAAUUGAUGGAUGGUUUAAUUCAGGCAACAAAAGAUGGAGACCAAACUAAAUUUCAGGCUUUAGCUGGUUCGGAACUUGCAGCUACUGAAGAUGUUGAUGAAGAAGUUGAAGAGACUGAAUACGAGGAUGACGAAGAGGAUUCUGAGGACGUUAUUGUUUUAGUUGAUAGAUGGUUUGAUGGCUUGAUCAAUAAGGACAUUGACAUCUCUAAAGAAAUCUAUUCUCUAAGUGAGGUGGAUUUUGAUCGCCAGGAGUUACGAGGUCUUGUUAGGAAAGUACAAUCAGUACGAGAAAAAGGGAGCAAUUCAGACGAGGAAGAAGGAAAAGUAAAUAGUGAUAUUGUCCGUGCAGAAAGGUCUCUCACUCGUUUCCUUCGAGAUCUAGCCAAGCAGCUUCACAGCUGAAUAGAGUAUCAGAUUCAUCUGGGAGCAUUAUACUCCAUGCUGGCCAUCAAUAGAUCCUCAAGACGCACAUUAAGUGUAUUCAUAAUACUUCCUACUACAUGCAUGUACUAUCAGGAAGUUUGAUCUCAUUUCUGUGCCCCUAUGGCUUCUUAUUUCCCCUCUAUUAAUUUUCUCUAUCUUUUUAGGGGAGGGGGGAGAUUGUUCUUUUUACUGUAGAUCAACAUCCACCGUUUAAUGUCAUAAGCCAUGAACUUUUGUUUGGAACAGUAGUACCGGAGUUUUUAAAUUAAAAAGUUUGAAAAUUUGCAUAA